AUGGAGGAAGAUUUAUUUCUAAAGCGAGAAGUUUUAGAAAAGUUACGGCGAAGAAACGAAGAAGAAGUCCUUCCGUUCGUAGAGAUCUUCGCGUCUCACAGGAAAGCGCGCAAACGAUGCGAAAAGUUACAGCACGAGGUUCAACAGUUGAGAAAUAAAACCGCAGAGUUGAGCGGGAAAAAUGUUGGACUGAUGAGUGCUUUAACGAGAGCGCAAGAAGAAAACGCGAAAGCGAAAACGAGCAAAGAAAAUUCCGCGAAAGUCUCGAGAUUGCAGGAAGAAUUGACCGAGGCGCACAAGAAAAAUGUGGAAGUUAUGGAAAUGGCAUCGACUGCGAAUCGCGAAAAAGAGAAAGCAAAGACUGAGUUGGAAACAACGUCGAACGAGUUAAAAAACGCGAAAGCGGCUUUGAAAAAUUUACGCGAUUCGUGCGCAAACUUGGAGAAUGAAUUGAAAACGGCGCAGAAAGCGGCGGAGAUCGCCGGAGCAGAAGUGGAAGCGAGGCAGGAAGAUAAACUGACGGCAAUCGCGCGCGUAGAAGAAUUGAAAAAGGAAAAUCAACAACUCGUAGAAAGAGUGAUGGAGAUGAAAAUGAAAGAAGCGGAGAAGAUGAACGAAAUCAAUGAGUUAUACGAAGACUUGCAGAGACAAAAGAAGGCAAGCGAAUUGAAAUCGAUUGCGAACGAAAUGAACGCGACGGCAUCCGCAAGUAUGCGUGGUCUAUCGUUGGAUUCGUCCUCGUCUCCUGGUUUUGGAGAUUCGUUCGCGGGAAGUAUUCCGAGUCGAGAACAGUUUCACUGUCAGGCGAAUCAAGGCGCGACUCAUCGAGUGUCUUUCUUCAGAUCGGGUGAAAUAUUAGGAACGUGUGGAGACGACAAGCGCGUCGCAUUGGUGAAUGCAAAUUCAGGGCAAGUUUCUUCGUAUUUAGAGGGUGCUUUAGGAAGUCUUUUGGAUCUCUCAUUCUCCCCGGAUGAUAACUUCUGUUUGGGAUGCGGCACUGAUAAAGCUAUUCAGCUCUGGGAACUAUCGAGUGGACGCGUGCGACAUCGAAUGACUGGACACGCGGAUAAAGUCGUCGGUGUGGAAUUUUGUCGCAUGGAUAAGCAAAGAGCGAUUUCGUGCUCGCACGAUCGAACCAUUCGAGAGUGGGAUUUACACAAAGGCAUAUGUUUGACUUCUACGCCGUGCGCUUCAAACGUGAACACGGUCGUGUAUGGGGACACUUCCCAAUUCGUCUUGAGUGGUCAUUUAGACGGUGGUGUGAGGAUUUGGGAUCUGCGAUCGCGCGGUGGACUACCUACAAAUGAGAAGAAAGCUGUUCACGAGCAGCAAGUAACCUCGAUACAGCUGUUACCAAACGAACGCGAAAUUUUGACAUGCGGGCGCGACAACGUGAUUCGAAUAUUAGAUUGCAGAACCCUAGAGGUUUCCGCGGAAUUCUCUGCUUCGAAUUUCCGCGUUGGAACGAAUUGGACGAACCCGUCUUUUUCGCCGAAUCAAUCGCAUAUCGCUUGCGGCGGCGCAGAUGGAGCCGUUUUUAUCUGGUCAGCGACCGAUCGCGUGCUGAGAACGACGUUGCGGAAGCACAACGCUGUCGUCGCGACGACCGCAUGGAGCCCAUCUGGAUUAGCGAGUUGCGAUAAAAACGGGAAAUGUAUCUUAUGGAGUUGA